UCGUCAUCCUGGAUCAGCGCGUGCGCCCAACUCCCUGCCAUUCUCUGCGCCAGGCGAAGGGCGACGCCUCCAGGUAAAACUGAGGAGGUGCAGGAGGCGGACUCUACGCAGGGCCAGUGGUGCCCGAGCCGUCAUAGCUCUUGGCCACCCGGGGCGGGUGCGAUGGCGGAGGAUCAGAGGUGCGACAGCGUGGGGUCCGAGCCUUGCUCUGAGGCAGCGGCGACUGCGGAACCUAAGGUGUCUUCAUCGAAGACCGCCGAAGUUGUCGCAAGAUCGUCGAAGCCCGAGGACUACAGUAGCAAGUGCGUGUUCUGCAGGAUCGCGGGGCGGCAGGAACCGGGCACCGAGCUCCUGGACUGUGAGAAUGAAGACCUAGUUUGCUUCAAAGAUAUCAAACCAGCAGCACCUCAUCAUUAUCUUGUGGUGCCAAAAAAGCAUAUUGGAAACUGCAGAGAGCUAAAGAAAGAUCACAUAGAACUGGUUGAGAACAUGGUAACUGUUGGAAAAAGCAUUCUUGAAAGGAAUAAUUUCACUGACUUCAAAAAUGCCAGAAUGGGUUUCCAUAUGCCGCCUUUUUGUUCCAUUUCCCACUUGCACCUUCAUGUUCUGGCACCUGUCGAUCAACUUGGCUUCUUAUCAAAAUUGGUUUAUAAAGUGAAUUCCUAUUGGUUUAUCACAGCUGAUUGUUUGAUUGAAAAACUAAGAACAUGAAAAUGUCAACAGUGGAAGAUUUUUCCUAAUCUUGGCUCAACAUAAACUAAUAUUUUGGUCCCUUUGAAGUCUAAUUACCAUUGUAAGGUUUGUUGGGUUUUAUGAGAGGCUAUUACUGGGUAGCCUUAAAUCUUUUUUGAAUGUUUCUUGAGAUCUGUGAUACAGUUACAUGGAUACUUUGUCACUAACUUCUUUGUUUUAAUGGUUACAUGUCUAAGGUAUAAGAUACUGUAGAUAAUAUCCCAUUAAAACAAGUUCUGUUAAUCAGGGAGGGCUCUAUUUUCUUUUUUAAAAGUUCAAAUGUUUUCAUUUUUCCAGUAGUCAAUUAUAAUCAUGAUUUAUUUAUGAAGAAUAAACUGAUAUAGAAAGUA